CGAGGCUGCGGCCAUUGUUUAUUUACAUGGAGUAUUUGGGCCGGUCCCCGUCCAUCUGCAGAGGCUCCGUAAGAGACGCGGACUCUCGGGAACACGGAGCCAGGAGCGGACAAGGGCGGGGAGAGACCAGUGGCAGGAAGAGAGGCAGAAGAGGGAGGGCCAGGGGCCGAGAAGCCGCUCCGGCUUAGAAAUCUCGGACACCAGUGUAGGUGGGUUCUUCACUGCCGCCCUCCCCAUGUUAAAACUGAAGGAGGGGAAGGAGAGAGGAGGCAGCGGCAGCUUGGGCCUUGGGGCCGGGGUGCUCGGGACUGGGAGGUGCUGGGCCGAAGGUCUGGAUGCAGAACGGAGGCCGCACGCGUCUCCGCGGCAGGAGCAAAGGCCGCGCGAUCCAGCUCCGCGAGAACCUUCUGUAUGUCUCAACCCGGAGCUUCAGAUGUACAAACUCUGGCGGCCAUUGGGACCUGUGAUCAGCAAAGGAGGACCAGGGUGGCAAAGACUCAUGCCCCCAUUUUACAGCUCAGCCUUCUCAACACUCCACCCUUCUCCAGAAAAGGAGCACAGAGGAGGAGGGAAUGGUCACUGUUUUCCUCACAGUCUGAUCCCGGAUUUCUUCUUCCUGGAAAGCCUGAUCUUCGACCAGAUGGCAGUAACAUUUGAAGAUGUGAUUGUUCUUUUUACUUGGGAGGAGUGGAAAUUCUUGGAUUCUUCUCAAAGAAAGCUCUACAGAGAGGUCAUGUGGGAGAACUACAUAAAUGUCAUGUCAGUAGGAAAUUGGAAAGAGAGCUACAAACCCCAAGAAGAAAGAUUCAGAUAUUUAGAACAUGAAAAUCAUUCCUGCUGGCAAGGCUGGAGGACUGCCAGCAGUCAGGUAUAUGAUAAUCAAAACUAUGUGGAAAUGGUUCAAGGUAUAGAUUCCAAAGACCUGAAGCAGCAACACCUUUCUUACCAUCAGGAAUGGUUAAUACUCUCCACACAAGUACCAGGGGAUGGGAACUAUGAACUGACUUUUGAAGGCAAAAGUCCCGGGAACUUAAAAUAUACGAAGUUUAUACCUUGUCAGUGCUUAGAAACAAAACACACUGAAGAUGAUGGUAGAGAAAUCUGUGUGCGUGAUUCACAUGGUUUUCAGGGAUGCAGAUACCAUGUUGGCAUAGCCAGGAAAAAUCUCUCUAUGGAAAAAGAACAGAAGCUCAUAGGUCAACAUUUUUAUAUCCCAGGAGAGGAAGCUCUUUCAGAGUACAUGGGAGAGAUAUGCCAAAAUGACCUGCUGAAAGGCUCUGUGGAAGAGAAAUACUGUGGAUGUAAUAAAUGUAAAGAAAUAUCUUAUUGGAACUCACAGUGUGUUCUCCACAAGAGAAAUCAACUUGGAGGAAAGUUCCAUCCACGUUCCAUCAGCACAGAAUGCUUCGCUCGGAGAUCAGACCUAUACAGACAUCUAAGAAUCCACAUAGGUAAGAAGCUGUACAGAUGUGAUGAAGUUGCCAGUAACUUUAGUCAGAGCUUCGGUGUUCACUUUCAUCAGAGAGUCCACCCAGGGGAGGUACCUUAUAUAUGUAAUGUGUGUGGUAAGAGCUUCAGUCAGAUCCCCAGUCUUCACCGUCAUCAAAGGGUCCAUACAGAAGAGAAACUCUAUAGACUUCAGUGUGAUAAGGACCUCAGUAGAAAUUCAUUACUUCACAUUCACCAGAGACUUCACAUAGGAGAGAAGCCUUUUAAGUGUGAUCAGUGUGGUAAGAGUUUUAGUCGGAGUUCAGUACUUCAUGUUCAUCAAAGAGUCCACACAGGAGAAAAACCAUAUGUGUGUGAUGAAUGUGGUAAGGGCUUCAGUCAGAGCUCAAAUCUUCGAAUUCAUCAGUUAGUCCACACGGGAGAAAAGUCCUAUAAAUGUGAUGACUGUGGUAAGGGCUUUACCCAGCGCUCAAAUCUUCAAAUCCAUCAGAGGGUGCAUACAGGAGAGAAGCCUUACAAAUGUGACGACUGUGGGAAGGACUUCAGUCACAGCUCAGAUCUUCGCAUUCAUCAGAGGGUCCAUACGGGGGAGAAACCCUAUACUUGUCAUGAAUGUGGGAAGGGCUUCAGCAAGAGUUCAAAACUUCACACUCACCAAAGAGUACAUACUGGAGAGAAACCCUAUAAAUGUGAACACUGUGGGAAGGGCUUCAGUCAGCGUUCACAUCUUCUCAUUCAUCAGAGAGUCCAUACAGGAGAAAAACCCUAUAAGUGUGAUGAUUGUGGAAAGGGCUUUAGUCACAGCUCCAAUCUUCACAUUCAUCAAAGGGUCCACACAGGAGAGAAGCCUUACCAAUGUGCUAAGUGUGGUAAGGGUUUCAGCCAUAGCUCAGCUCUUCGAAUUCAUCAAAGAGUUCACACAGGAGAGAAAACUCAUAAAUGCCAUGAGUAUUAUAAGGAGUUCGAUCAGAAUUCACAACUUCACAAUAAUCGCAGAAGAGAAACCUUAUGAUUCUGUUCAUCUAGUUAUAAUAGCUUUAAUCAAAGCUUCACCUUAAGCCCAGUAAAUGCUGCUGGGAAGAAAAUUCUAUAAGUUACCCAAAUGAUCCCAAGCAACAUUUAUAGUUUCUCCUAAUUGCUACUAAGAAUAAUUUGCUUCAACAGGAGAUCCUUAGGAGGAUAUUUCAAAUUAAAGUGUAUUUUCUUUUUCUAUAAAUAUUAUGGACAGUCAUUAUAAAAUAUAUGAGUCGGGCUUCCUAGGUGGCGCAGUGGUUAAGAAUCCGCCUGCCAAUGCAGAGGUCACGGGUUCGAUCCCAGCUCCAGGAAGAUCCCACAUGCCGCGGAGCAACUAAGCCCGUGUGCCACAAAAAAAUAAAUAAAUAAAUAAAUAAAAAUAAAAUAUAUGAGUCAAGAAGAAAACUUUUCAUCCUGUUUCAUCCUAAGUCAUUUUUCCUGUGUAUUUUUAUGUGCAUGAAAUCAUACUGUAUGUUCAACUCUGUGUUUUCACUAACUUCAAAACAUUUACUUAUGUUUUGGUUUGAACUGAAAUUGGCUAGCUAUCAAUGAAACAGCAUCUUGACUCACCUGUAAAGUCCCUAGGAAGCUACAGAAAAAAAAUGAAAACACAUAAAACUUGAACCUCAAACUGGUAUACAACCUGUUCUCAAAUGUUGAAGAAUUAACUAAAGGGGCAGUAAAUUUCCACUGCUGAUGACAAAAGAUCAGAAAACACUGUUAUGACCCUUUAUCCAAGAUAGGGUAUCCUAGAGAUGUUAUUUCUGUCAACCAGAAAACUCAAGAACUAGCCUUUUGUUGCAGGGGUGCUGCACUCUGAGGUUACCAUCAUACACUCUCAACCAUUCCUUCUCAGUUUUCCACAUUUAUUCAUAGGCUCAGACACUAAGAGGUGUGGUUAUCUACAAAACCAAAGAGGAAAAAUGGACUAAGACCUCUGCAAUGGUAAAUGUCACAACAGAAUAACACCUUCAGAAUUGUGAGACUGAAAAAUCUGUUAUUGCCUGUAGUUUUUCUUAGCAACUAAACUGUCUUUUACAUUUGUAGGUAACAAAUUAGAUAAGCAAAACAGAAAACACAUAUGUACCUUCCUUAAAGAAAACUCAAGAAUGUGGAAGUCAUAGUGUAAAAGAACUGGUAACAAACACUAAAAUCAGUUAAACAUGCAGUUAAGUCUUGAAUAACUGUUAAUUUAUUUACAAAACUUCAAAAAUGUUAAAUAAUUGUGCAAGAAAAUAUUUAAUAUACAAAUGUUGAGUAUAAAAACAUCAUCUGUUAAAGUCUGGAUGGCAGAUUAGGGUUAUCAGAUAAAAUCCAGGAUACCCAGUUAGGUCUGAUGUUCAGAUACACAAUGAUAAUUUUUAUAGUGUAAGUAUGUCGCAAAUACUGCAUGGAACUUAUACUAAGAAAGUAUUUGUUUAUAUGAAAUUCAAACUUAACAGCACUCUGUGUUUUUAUUUGCCAAAUCUGGCAACCAAAUGAGGGAAGGACAGCAAAAGACAUUGUGCUACAUUUCUGACCUUAAAUAGCAUGCAUUCAUAACAUUUUCUUCAUGACUUUAACAACUCUAAAAAUAAAGGUCUAAAAUAAUUUUUUUUCAAAGUUAGAAAUUGCAACUCAAAGAACUAAAAAGAGCACAUAUUUCUUUCAAAACAGAGAAGAUAAAAGCAAAGAAUAUUCAGUCCCUGUAGCAAAAGAUGGAGAACAAAAACAUGACGAUGAUCUAAAAAAUUAGAGAAUAUGGAUCAAGAUGAGAGGAAAUCAAAUUUAUCAAAACACAUUAAAUCUCUCCUUAAAAAGUUCUGAAAGCCCUUGAUUUAAUUAAAAGUUUCCUUAUAUUCUAUUACAACAGAAAAGAUUAAAGCAAAAUAUCGGGUCAAUCUCAGGUAAUGGACAAGAGAAAAAAAAAUAUCUGUCAAUUGACCAAUUUUCAGUUGAUCGAUUGCUCAAUAUUGAUUUAUUAAUCUUAUUGAUAUAAAAGAAUAGGAAAAUGUUUAUUAGGCAAACAAAAGCAUGCCUACACUGUGCUUUUAAAGGUUAAUUUAAAAUGAACUAAUUAAACCCAUUAAGGUGGGUAAAAAUGUAAAACCCAAUAGUUUCCUAAGCUCUUGUAAUAAUAGAAAAAUACAAUGGGUGCAAAAAAGGGAUUGUAAUACUAAAAUUUCUUUAAAAGGAACAAAUAAAAAUGUAGAAUAAAAUAAUGAAAAAACAUUUAAUUGAAAAGGGGACUUCUAUAGAGAAGUCAUAAUUUUUUUAGGGGGGAUGUUCUUAAUUUAUAGGUUUAUUUCAAAUCUCAUCAAAAUCCCAAUGAGAUUUGAAACUGCAAAAAAGUAUUUUAAAGUCUUUGAAGAAAAUAAGAUAUUGGAGAAGAAUAAAGAUAAUUAUGAGAAAGAUUAAUGAGAUUGCCCUAACAUAUAAGUGAUAUAUUGAAGUUAAAACAUUGAGAACUUGAUUGUACAUUUGAAAAAAUGUUCAGAAUGCUCAGUUAUUACUAAAUAGCUUAAAAAUAAACCAGCAUAUGGAUUACAUAUAUCUAUACAAUAUAUUAAGUACAUAUGCUUAAAUACUUUACAUAUGAUAAAAAAUUUAUGAAUAGAAGUAAAUGGUGCUGAGAAAAUUACUUAACUCUUUGGUGAAAAAUAAAAUUAGGCUUUUGUCUCAUGACCUGUAUCAUAUAUAUACUGAUCUCAUAUAUUAUUGAUUAAAGCACAAGUUUUCAAGCUGUGUUCCAUGAACCUCCAUAUGGUUUCGUGAAGGCUGCUUCAUCAAAAACAAAACCACAAGUUAACCCCAUCCAUUUUUUCUGAUUCACAUUCAAGAUUAGCACAAGAUUUCUUUCUCUUCUCUCUCUCUGUUUUCUUUUAAAGGAGGUUCCACCAUUCUAAACAUAAAGUGUUAAAAUUAACCAAAGUGGGUUUUUAUAUGGUUGAAAACACACAUGCAGUUUUUGAGAGUGAGAUGAAAUGGAAGAACUCAUAAAAAAUAUCUAGGAAUUUGACCGCAUUAAAAAAUUUUAAACUAUAGGUUAAGGGCAUGUGGAAGUCAAGACAACAACAGUGAAAAUACCUGCCAUGAUUAGGAUAGUUAUGAACUUUUAUAAGUUAAUACAAGAGAUGGGCACCUAGUUUAAAAAAUGGCAAAGGACAUCAGCAGAUUAAAGCAAUGAAAUACCACUUUUGUUAACAAAAAUUGUAAUAGCUAUUUUCAGGGAGGACAGAAUGAUUGAUACUUAUACACUGCUUAUGUUGAGGGUAAAUUGAUAGGCUUUGGAAAAGCUAUUUGGCCAAUCAUAAGCCUUAAAAAUAUUAUUGCUCUUUCUCAUAUACAGUGAUUUCAUAUCUAGGUAUAUAUCCUUUGGAAACAGUUACACUAUUAGGGAACUUCUAUUUGCAAAGAAGAGAGAUCCACUUAAGUUAUUUCAUAUGAAAAACUGAGUUAUAUAACAUGUUUUAAAAUCUCACCACAAAAUUAAAAGGAAAAAAAAAAAACAAACCCACAAGGACAGAGCUUCAGUGUGAGAAUUUGCUCUAGAAAGCUCUUAGACAAUGAGGCUACUUGUUAAAGAACUUAUUUUUGUUUCUCUUUGGUUAUCCUCUCCUCUCUACCAGCUGACCUCCUGUUUACUCACUCUGUGUAUGCUUAUAAUGGUCACCAUCCUUGAAUAUAUUUUUUUCAACUUUAUUGCCCACCACUAACUUGUAACUUCUUUCUGGGUCUCCGUUUACAUUUCUCAGUAGGGGAAGAUGAUUAGCUCAAUUUAUAAUUACUACCUCCUGACAAAUCUUUGAGGCCAGGCCAAACCACAGGCUACUGGUAAGCCUUUGGAUUGGCUAGCUCGGUAUCAGAUGUUCACUCUGGUGUUCUCAGAUGUUCACUCUGGUGUUCUCAGACGUGCCCGGGGAUGAAGUGAUAAGGCAUACAACAUGGUUGUAAGAGCUGAUGUUCAAAUACGUUUCUCCAGAAAGCAGUGGGUCUAAGCGAAGCAUUCUGAACUACGUUAGAACACAUACACAGAUAAAUGUGCAAGGUAUUUAUUAAAAUAUUUUUAUGCUGCCCUCCCCCCAAAAUAGGGGAAAGGUCAAAUAAAUUAUGAUGCAUCUACAUGAUGUAAUCUUAGGCAGCAUUAAAACUUAUAUUUUCCAAGAAUGUUGUACUGGUAAGAAUAUAUUUAUGGUGUUAAAAGUGCAAGAUAUAGAGCUGUAUAUGGGGUAAGAUUCUAUUAAUAUAUAUAUUUAUACAGAUAUUUCCAUGGGGAAAACAUUGGAUAUAUACAAAAAUGUUAAUAGUGGGUCUCUGUGAUAGGAUGGAUUGUGGUUAUCUUUACGUUCUUCAUGCUUUUCUGUAUUUUUUAUAUUUUUA